AGUCAAAAUUUUCAAACCGCUUAAAGUUGAUGACGUUUCAGCCGUCUAGAAGAAUUGCCUGAUAUGGCAGGCGCCAUCCCAAUGUGAUUUCGAACCACAAGGAAAUUUCCACUGCCGCAGUCUCAUUGUAUUGUUUGUUCUUCGUUUUUCCUCAACAUUUUUCUAAAUGGCUUACUAUACCAAUCCUCCACCUGCAUACGAAGAAGAAGCUCGUCAGCCACUGUUUGGUGGCGAUGAGCCGGACGACAUGUAUAAAGUGGGCAAUGCCCCAUUCGAUAUUCGCAUGCAAUUUGUGCGCAAGGUCUACUCCAUCUUGACCGCUCAGAUUCUCGGCACCAUUAUUCUUUCGUCUGUCUACAUGUACAACAGUACAGUGCAGCAUUUCGUACAGUCCAAUGUUUGGCUUUUGUACAUUUCCAUGUUUGGCGGUUUGGGAGCCAUGUUGGCUCUCAUGUGGAAAGGACGAUCGACCCCGCUCAAUUAUAUCCUUCUUGGCGUGUUUACAUUGAUGGAAAGCCAUCUCGUUGGCACAGUGGUCACCUUUUAUGAUCAAGUCAUCGUACUUCAAGCUUUGAUCAUCACUUUUGGCGUUUUCUUUGCACUUACCAUGUUUACGCUCCAGUCGAAAUGGGAUUUUAGCGGCAUGGCACCAAUAUUGUACGCUGGUAUCUGGAUCUUGUUGAUUGCGGGCAUUGUGCAGAUUUUCAUUCCCUUCUCGGAAGGAUUCCAAUUGGCAUUGGCUAUCGGCGGUGUGGUGAUUUUCAGUGGCUACAUUAUUUUGGACACUUACCUCAUCUUCAACCGAUAUUCCCCCGAGGACUACAUCAUGGCUUCUGUCAGUCUCUACAUGGAUAUCAUCAACUUGUUCCUCCGCAUCUUACAGAUCCUUAAUGCCAUGCAGAGAGAUUAAAGUAAUGCCUCGUAUCAUGCGGCAGCAUUUAUAAUAUGAUUUGUCCGCUUCUCCUUGCAAUUUAUGAUACUCGUACUCUACAGUGUACCUCUCUAGGAUGCUGUUUUUAAUUUUCAAUACAUUACUUUUUUCAAAAAGAC